CACACUGUUGGAUUUUUUAGAUUUUAGUUGUUUUUUCGACGGUUAUUUUAGGCCCUGCCCGUUACAAAUACCAGUUUUAGCCGAACCCAAAUCCAAGGCUUAAUCUUGAACUAAAUGUGCAGUGAGCAGUGGGCCAGUGGCAGCGAAUAUCCUAGGAAAAACAGGCGUGGGAGUGGCAGCUGUAGUAGCAGCGGGUGGAACAGUGAAGAGCGGGUGGUGUGGUGUGGGGAGUGGUGGUGGCGGCACGCAUUCUAUUUAGGUGCCCUCUGCUGAAUGUACUGGCGCUGGUUGUGGCUCUGCCUUAAGAUGAUCUACCAGGUGCUGUGCUGCUCGGUGAGCUUGAUCUUCUUCUGCUUCAACGUGUUCUGGCUCUUCUGCAACCUGGCCAUACCCUGGUGCACCCUGACCCUGCUCGUCGUCUGUGUGGCCUCCAAGUUCGUGAAGCUGCAGCGCAGUCCCAACGAGAAGCGGCUGCUCAGCCUGCUGAGCGCGCCGGAUGAUUGGCCAAGUUACUGGCCCAUCGCCAACCGGGCUGCCGGCUACGAUGCGCCCGAGAACUCGAAGGCAGCUAUCAAAAAGUGCCUAACACGUGGAUAUCGGAACGUGCUUCUGGAUGCCGGCCUCACAUCCUGCGGCGAAAUUGUUAUAGCCAACCCCAGUCGCCUGGCGGUGGCCCAGCAGCCAUUGAGCGAGCUGCAGAAACUAAACAUCACGGAGCAGCAUCCCAUGGGGUCCCACUUCGAGGUAGAGUCGGUGGCUACGCUGAGGCAGAUCUCCGACUAUGUGGAGGCGGAGGCCUCCUCUGCCACGCUCUUCUUGCGCCUGCAUGACAACAGUGCCCGCAUGCUCGACCAGCUGCAGAAGUUUAUGGCCACCAAUGAGGCGUUUACACAGCGCACAAUGGUCAUAAGUCGCUCUCCGCUGGCUAUUUAUCAGCUGCGUAAACUGCAUCCGGAGAUAAUUUGCGGUCUGUGGCAUGAGACCUAUCUGUCGCUGGCCAUGCUCAAAUCCUCCACACUGAUUACCUCAAUCUAUGGUGCAAUCUUUCGCAACAUUAUUGCCCCCGUGAUCGGCAUAAGUGUCGUUUUUCUCAGCAAGGAAGAGUUCAAUUUACACAUUGCCGACCUGUGGCGCAAUGUGGGCGUCCGUCCAAUCGUCUACAUGGUGAAUUCACCCAACGAGAAGCGCUAUUUUCAGAAGACCAUGAAGAUUCAGUAUUUGACCGACUCACUGCGCUCCGAGCCGCAUCUUCUGAUGAAGGCCUAAAGAAGUCCCACAGUCCCACUAGUGGGGAAAGCAACGAACUCAAACGAACACAACUCAGACAGGAGCGCACACACAAAGAGAGAAACUGUUUGCAUUUAGCUGCGCUACACUGAAUUCUUAAGAGUAUUUCGUUUUUACUCACCCCCACUUGAUAUGUGUCUAUAUGAUGCGUUUUUUAUACGUGUUCUGUAUCUGUAGAAGCUUUAGAAAGUAUUACCCGUUGUGUACCCGUACCGCUACCAGUACCACCAGUACCAGACGCUAUUGUAUAUGUAUUUAUGUUUGAUUAAGUUUUGUGCUUUAUUUAUUGUAUGUAGCGGAUGCUUUUUAUAUAUUUUACAUUGACGUCCUGUAUGUUUUUCAUAUAUUUUAUUUUAGUUAUGGCUUGAUUUCUCUAUACCCUGCCUGAAACGUUUUCAAAGUUUGUACGAUAUUUCGACCCAUGUAUUCAAUAUGUACACAAAAUGUAGUUUACCUUCCAAGGUAGUGUACUGCUCUAUGUAUGCAUAUGUAGUAUAUACAUAUACACACAAAUACACGCGCAGCUGUUUUUAUAAGACGAAAAUUGUAUGCAGUUCCCCAAAAGAAUAACUUGUCUAAGACCAAGUCCCGACUACAAACACAAUUAUUUUCUUACGUAUAAUACGAGGAGAGCAAACGAAUUGUGUUCCAGCGAGCAUUAUCUAUACGACUAUACCAAAAAAACAAUGAUGCAACAUUUAUUUAAUUACGAUGAUAUAAUGAGUAAAUAAAGAUAAUGCAAAAGAUUGAUCCACACUCAA